AAGAAUGACUGCCUGUUGUCAAACAAAGAUGAGAAAUUACUGGAGAAGAGAGCAGAAUCUGAACAAAAUGAAGUCUAUGAGAUAUCUUCAGGAGAUGAGGACUGCUCCAGAGGAAUGAAAAAGUGGAUUACAGAAUACCAUCAAAGUAGACCAGGGUUAAACAUAUUGCAACAAAGGAUUGAUGAUUUUAUAAUUGCUUACGACGAACAAGAGGAGCAGGCAAGAAAAGAAAGCGAAGCCCUUGCUGCUGAAGGUGGAUGGACUGUUGUGGUACAUCACAAGGGUCGGAAAAAGACAACAGAUACUGAAAGUGGAAUUACUGUGGGUUCUGUUGCCCAUGCUGCUGUUCUGGAAAAUAUGGCCAAGAAGAAAAGUAAAGAUGUUGGGUUAGAUUUCUACUGGUUCCAGAAAAGAGAGGCCCAGAGGAAUGAGAUUAUGACACUUCAAAGCAAAUUCGAGCAGGAUAAAAAGCGGAUACAGCAAUUGAGGGCUGCAAGAAAGUUCCGGCCCUACUGAAUGCUGCAGACAAUCUACAAAGAAAGAUCAAUGGCCAAAGCAUCUCACCUGUUCUUUUGAUUAUUAGAAUUUUAUGUUUGAGGGAGGAUGGUUCAUUACCUUAACAAUUGAAAACCUUGCUUUCUUUCCCUUCCUUUUUUUGUUUGUAGGAAUGAUGAGAAAAACCAAUUGCACGAUGAUUUAAUGUGAUACAUGUACCGUUUUGAGAUCAAUUACAAAGAUGCUUAAGUUUUGGAAUUAUUUA